AGUAUAAUUUGACUUCGAUAUAGCAGCGCACCGAUCACUUCACUGAAGUGGCGCUCCCAAUUCGGUCCUCGCAGUGACACGAGCUUUCGUCGAAGAUCAGAUCGAAGACGCAAAAUGCCGAGUCGUUGCGAGAUCUUCUGUGAAAUCCUAAUUGCGAUUUUGCUUCCUCCUAUUGGAGUCUGUUUCAGGCACGGCUGCUGCAGUGUCGAGUUCUGCAUCUGCUUGCUGCUAACAAUCCUAGGUUACAUCCCUGGAAUAAUCUAUGCUCUCUAUGCGAUUGUGUUUAUAGAUCGUGACCAAUACUUUGAUGAGUACAGGCGUCCCCUCUAUGCGGCGUAGUCCAGUUCGAUCUUAGCCCUUUGUUUUCGUUUCUAAUGUGUUGAAUUGAAAAUUUUAGGGCUAGUCCAAUCUCUUUUAACUUUUGAUGCUGUCAAUUGUUGAACCGUCUGGAUAUUCCUUAUAUGUACUGUUAUGCUCAUUUGGUGUUUGAUUACCUUUCUCAAUUUGGGGUUUCAUGUGCAAUGUCUACAUAAGUUAAACUGCUGAACUUUGAUGCUGCGAAUUGUUGAACCAUCUGUUUCCUUAUAUGAUCUUAAACUGUAUAUUUGAAGAGCAAAAUUACUCAUUA